CUAGUGGAAACCAGUGGAAGCUUCCCAGCAGCGGUCAGUCAGCAGUCUUCAGUCUACAUCUGAGUUUUAUAAAACGUCAGGAACACACAGCUGUUUAAACUCUGUGUAAAGAGUGUUUACAGAAUACAGUGGAGAUGGACGGCGGCUCCGGAUAUGACGAUCUGUUUGAUAAUAUUCUUCUGGCGGAUGAAAAGUUCAGGAGUGAGGGCUACCGGGAGGGGUUUGAGAAAGGGACCCGCCGAGGACUGCAGGAUGGACGCAGACAUGGAACCUCUCACGGGGCCAAACUGUCCACUGAGAUUUCCUUCUACUAUGGGUUCGCCAUCACGUGGAAAUGUCUCCUCCAACAUAAUACAGAUGCCAAAUCAAGGAAGCGUAUGAAGGCGCUGGAGGCUCUGCUGGGUUUGAUCCAGAACUCCCCUCAUGAUGAUCCGCAGUCUCCAAAGCUACCGGAGUCCAUGGAGAAACUUCGCGCCAAGUUCAGACAGGUCUGCUCCAUGCUGAGUGUCUCGGCUGACUUCAACAAUUACGUCAAAACUUCUGAAGGGACUUCUUUCUGAGUCGCUCCUGAUGAGGAGGAGGUGCUGAGCCGACCUCUGUGUCCUGUACAGAGCAGAGGGAAGUUGAGCUGCAGUCAGCCGACAGUCCUGGAGUCAGUCUCCCCGGCGGCUGGGAUCGGUCUGCAGUGGAUUCAUUCAGGGUUUGGAGUGUGAAGCAGUCUUCUUUGAGUCUUUAUCCUUGCUGUCUGGUGGGAAUCUGCAGUCCUCAUCAAAGUGGAUAAUCUGAGGAGACGACUGCAGUCAGUCUUUACUGUUGAACUUGCAGAGUGUGGAACUGAGUCCCAGUAAGACUUCAGAGACUGGGAACAGGAGAAAGACACUGUUUCUUGCUUGACUGUAGAAAUGAGUGGAUUUGUUGCAGUGAUGUUUAAGCAACUGAACUGAAAAUGAGAAAUGUAAUAAACAGACUGUUAAAGACAA